CCAAAACCAAGCACAAGUUUUCAAGUUCAAGAACAGCUUUCAAGAUACCUUCCCAUUAACUCAUUCAGUGCCUUUCAUGCCCCCACCUAGUCUUUUCUUAAACAUUUUUCUGUCUCUUUUGCUUUCUGGUUCCAUAGAACACUUCAACAUCAACAUCCACAACCAUACAUAUCUAUAUUUAUUUAAUAAAUCGUGAUUAACAACUUCAUAUGUAUAAAGCCCAGAAUCAGAAUCAUAAUCCUCCAUCUUUCUCUCCAUAAGCAACUGCAAGUUCCAUCUUUCGCUUAGAUGUUUGGUUUUUAACUUAAUCUUUCUAAUUUUGGUGAAGUAGCAUAAACUAUAGAAGUUCUAGCUUCCAAUCUGCAGUGAGAGAGAAGAAGAGGAGGGAAGCAAUGGGGCCUGAAGAUAGGAAGGUGCUCAGUUUUGCAGAAGUCUCCCUACACAGUGACAUGAAAGACUGUUGGGUAAUCAUCAAUGGCAAGGCAUAUGAUGUGACAGACUUUUUGUUGGUGCAUCCUGGUGGCCAAGAGAUUUUGUUAAUGGCAGCUGGGAAAGAUGCAAGUGAAGAGUUUGAGAAUGCCGGUCAUGGCAGUGCUGCAAGGCUAAUGUUGGACGAAUUCUACGUUGGAGAGGUUGAUCCAUUGUCAAUGCCUACAACCAUUGUGCAGACAUCUCCUAAGCAAGUUCUUAAAUAUGAUAAAUUGUCAAACGUCGUAUUCCAACUCUUUCGGAGAUUCCUUCCCUUUUCUGUCUUGGUUGUUGCCAUUGCCAUUGUUCGCUUCUUCACUUAACCAUUUUGUGGUUAUGGAUUGAGUUGAAAUUACGAGCAAAAGACAUUAAUUGUGCAAUCUUUGUUAUAUUUUUUUAGACACGAAUUUAUAUAAAUAUUAUUUUAA